UGUUUUGGAGGUUAUGUUAGUUAAACAGAAAAUGACGUUUAGACUUUUUUAAAUAUUUCACAACCAAAAGAAAAUGGAAAUUCACGUUGAAACAGCUAUUAGGGUUUGCCCUGUAGAUUAUAAUGGGGACAUGGUUUGUGUUCAAAGUAACCCCAUAAAUAGUACAAUACAACUAUCAAAUAAUCACGUAUAUCCAGUUAAUUACGCAUUGCCUGUAAAUUGCUGCCAAAACACUUUGUUUUCUACUGUUAUUGCGCCUUUAGUAAAUUUUUUAUUAGAAGGAUGUGAUGUUUCCAUAGUUGCCAUGGGACAGUCUGGAACUGGCAAAACUUAUACUUUAUUUGGCCCUGGAUUUCACUUUGCGUCAAGUGAAGCGGAGUAUGGAAUUAUUCCUAGAUUUGUUAGAGAAGUUUUCACUAAAGUACGCCAAUACCGAGAUCGAAAUUCUUCCAUACAUAUAACUUGGUCACAGAUUUGUGGUGAAAAUGUACAAGAUUUGUUAGGAGGGGGUAGUAUAGAAUGUACAGAUGUUUUGGAUGCUUUUCAACUCAUUCAGUUGGGAAUGUCUAAUGUGUCUCCUAAGAAUGCUCACACUUUGUUUACACUUACUUUGGAACAGCAGUGGUCAGUAGACGCCAUCAUUCAACAUAAAGUUUCUACGGCCAGUUUUGCAGACUUGGCAGGAACUGAGAAAUUAGUAGUAUAUGACAACAAUGGAUUAAUGCAGACUAUACCAGUGGACAUAGGUCUUCAGGCUUUACAAAGAUGCAUUAUGACACUGUCAGAACCUUGUUUAAGUCAUUUUAAUGUCAAUCAGAUUCCAUACACACAGUCUGUAUUGACUACGUUACUGAGAGAUUCUUUUGGUGGACGUGCCAAAACUCUUCUAAUUGGGUGUGUUUCACCGCUAUUAAGUGAUUUUACAGAAACACUGUACACCCUUCAAUUAGCUAUACGUGCACAAUUAGUAAAAAAUACAGUUACUGUUAACUCGUAUUCAACUUACGAAAUGUCACAAGAAAAUUUUGAUGUUUUCGGCCUACAGUUUGCUGCUAAUCAAUUACUGAAACUAGUUUCAAAUGCUGAAGAGCUGUUUCAAAAAUUAGUGCUAAAUGGUUGCUUGAAUAAGACUGAAAUGGAACAAAUAUCUCAUUGGCUAACUCUGAAGCAAGAGUGUGAAGAGUGUCUUAGUGAAAACUCGGAGCCACAUCGAUCUUUAGAACGCAUUGAAGAAGAAAUCGAAGAUACCACAGAAAGUAUAAGUGAUAGCGAAGAAGGAAUAAUUGAAGAAGAGGAAUCUCAAAGUUUAAUUGAGAAGAUAGAUAUUCUCAUAGAAUCUUUUAAAAAAAGCACAGAUCUGUUGGUUGCUGAUGCUAAUGCUGUUCUUAGCAACACAAAUUUAUUUACAAAAGAUAGCUUAACAAGUUCUAGCAAUACAUAUCGUUCUAAGGGGGCUAGAGGAAGAAGAGGAAGCAUACAUUCUGUGGAUGAAAUGCCUCUAUCUGUUAACUCUAUAAAAUUUAGCGAGGAAGAUGUGAUUCCCGAAAAUGAACAGAACAAUACUGAUGUUCCGCUAACUUAUGAAAUGAAGAAAAAAGUUCUUAAGCAAAUAACUUCAGCUAUUAAGGGAUGUCAAAAACAAAUUACCGACUUAGAACAGACAAUCAAAGUAAAAGAAAACCUAAUGCAGCAAUUUUUAAAACAUAAACAUACUCAGUCCAGUGCUCAUGUGAAGAUUGAACAAAAGUGCCAAAGGCUUAAGAAAGAAUAUGAAAAUACUCAAGGUAAAGUAAUGCAAGCUCAGGCGCAGAAGAAUCACUACCUAGAAGAUAAGUAUAACACUGAAUUAGAAGAAGUAGAGGCUAAAUUGAAAGAUGCAGAGUCCUUAAAAAAUAUCACCGAGGAUGGGGAUAGAAAAUUAAAAGAAUUGGAAAGUAGUUUACGUACAUCACAAAAACAAUUGGAGAAAUUGAGAAGAUAUAAGAAAAAAGAGGAGAAGAGAAAACAGAAUUAUGAUGAACAGAUUAAAGAAGAAACAAACAAAAUAGAUGAGUCCAAAGAUAGUAGUAACAGUACAGAUAAAAAUAAGAGUAAGGAUGAUUUAAAAGCCAUUGCUUUAAUAACUCGUGGAAGUAAUUCUAGUUUACAAGACAUCAAUAAAGACUUGGCACUGUCUAAUGAAGAUUUAGAGUGCCUUAGACACGAGAUUCGUAACUUACGCAAAACUCGUGACUAUCUCCUUGAACAGAAAUUUAAAAUUGAUACCAAAUCUCAGAAUAAGAAGAUUUUAAAUGAGAUUGAGGAAAGGAAACUUUUGCAGUACGAGGAAGCUAUUGAGGCCAUUGACUUGGCUAUUGAAUACAAAAAUGAAAUCCUUUGUGGACACAGACCAGUAAGCGAAAAGGCAAUGGAAAGGGUAGAAGAACAAGGUGAUAAAAUGUUAAUGGAUAGACUAAUGAAACUUAAUGAGAACGAAAUGAGAGUAUUACUGCAUAAAUAUUUUCAAAAGGUGGUUGAUUUACGCAGCAGCACAAAAAAGUUAGAGAUGCAGGUGGUGGAAUAUGAAAAUCAGAAUGAAAGUUUAUUGUGCCGUAUGCAGAACUUAAGCCAUACCCUGCAACAAGUGCGGCUGGAAGGUGAGAGGAGGAUAAUUUCACUUCAACAGCAACACGAGGAUAAAAUCCACCUGGUACUGCGUCAUUUAGCAAAUGACGGUAAUGGCGAUGGUGAUCAGGUCAUUUCCAGAGUCCUCGGCAAUAAGGUAUUGCCUCGGCCAGUUGGUGGCGCAAGUAAACAAGUUGGAAAAAGCAGUAGCUUGAUAACGAGGAUAACCAGCAUCGCUAGACACGAGAUUGUGCCACGACAGCUACAAUCUGUUAUACCUGCUCCUCAAGCGAAGAUAACGAGGCAGAAAAAUAAAUUGUUUAUUCAGCAGACCAAUAAGUGAACGACAUUUUGGAAUAUUACAUA